GUCUCCCCUACCCCUACGGAGGUCCCGAGGGGAGAGGGAUCCCUCGGCGGGAGGCCUGUCACUUUAAGAAGGCGGCCCUGACUGGGUGUGCCCGGUCUCCAUGGUUACCCCGGUGCAGGCGGCGGGCGCGGGAGGUAGUCAGGGAAGCUGCAGCUUCUUCCCGACAGACGGAGGAAGCUGCGGGAACCCGGUGACUAGAGGAACCCGGGCGGGAGCAGAUCUGCUGAAACCCAAGCUGCUGCCGCGGCAGCAGGUGCACAGAAAGCACCGGCCUCGGAACCUGGAGCCUGGGAUUUGUGAGCCACCAGGGCGCUAGGGGCCGAGCGCCAUGCUCCGGGCCCCGACGGCGCGGACGCCUCCUCGAGCGUCGGGAGCUUGCUGGACCUGCGAGCUUGGACUGGGCAUUGUCCCCCGACGGCUGCGCUAGAGGGCGCGGGGCUCGGCAGGGGGCGGCCAAAGUGGGCGCCCUCCCCCGGUGCUGAGUCCCCGCACCCCGGAGUGAUGGGGCGGGCGGCCACAGCCGCCUAAGAUGCCGGCCAUGCGGGGGCUCCUGGCGCCGCAGAACACCUUUCUGGACACCAUCGCUACGCGCUUCGACGGCACGCGCAUUUGGGAGAGGAAGGCUCCCCUUCACCCCACACCCCUCUGAGAGGUGCUCUCUUGCAGACAGUAACUUCGUGCUGGGCAACGCCCAGGUGGCGGGGCUCUUCCCUGUGGUCUAUUGCUCUGAUGGCUUCUGUGACCUCACGGGCUUCUCCCGAGCUGAGGUCAUGCAGCGAGGCUGUGCCUGCUCCUUCCUCUAUGGGCCAGACACCAGUGAACUCGUCCGCCAGCAGAUCCGCAAGGCCCUGGAUGAGCACAAAGAGUUCAAAGCUGAGCUGAUCCUGUACCGGAAGAGCGGGCUCCCGUUCUGGUGUCUCCUGGAUGUGAUACCCAUAAAGAAUGAGAAAGGGGAGGUGGCUCUCUUCCUGGUCUCUCAUAAGGACAUUAGUGACACCAAGAACCGAGGGGGCCCUGACAGAUGGAAGGAGACAGGUGGUGGCCGGCGCCGAUAUGGCCGGGCAGGAGCCAAAGGCUUUAAUGCCAACCGGCGGCGGAGCAGGGCUGUGCUCUACCACUUAUCUGGGCACCUGCAGAAGCAGCCUAAGGGCAAGCACAAGCUCAAUAAGGGGGUGUUUGGGGAGAAGCCAAACUUGCCUGAGUACAAAGUCGCCGCUAUCCGGAAGUCACCCUUCAUCCUGCUACACUGUGGGGCACUGAGGGCUACCUGGGACGGCUUCAUCCUGCUUGCCACACUCUAUGUGGCUGUCACCGUGCCCUACAGCGUGUGUGUGAGCACGGCCCGGGAGCCCAGCGCAGCCCGUGGCCCACCCAGUGUCUGUGACCUGGCCGUGGAGGUCCUCUUCAUUCUUGACAUUGUGCUGAAUUUCCGUACCACAUUCGUGUCAAAGUCGGGACAGGUAGUAUUUGCCCCAAAGUCCAUUUGCCUUCACUAUGUCACCACCUGGUUCCUGCUGGAUGUCAUCGCAGCACUGCCCUUUGACCUGCUACAUGCCUUCAAGGUCAACGUGUACUUCGGGGCCCACCUGCUGAAGACCGUGCGCCUGCUGCGCCUGCUGCGCCUGCUCCCACGGCUGGACCGUUACUCACAGUACAGCGCCGUGGUGCUGACCCUGCUCAUGGCUGUGUUCGCCCUGCUGGCCCACUGGGUGGCCUGCGUCUGGUUCUACAUUGGCCAGCGAGAGAUUGAGAGCAGCGAGUCUGAGCUGCCUGAGAUCGGCUGGCUGCAGGAGCUGGCCCGCAGACUGGAGACUCCCUACUACCUAGUGGGCCAGAGUUCGGAUGGAGGGAACAGCUCUGGCCAGAGUGACAACUGCAGCAGUGGCAGCAGCGAGGCCAAUGGCACAGCGCUAGAGCUCCUGGGUGGUCCGUCGCUGCGCAGUGCCUACAUCACGUCCCUCUACUUCGCACUCAGCAGCCUCACGAGUGUUGGGUUCGGCAACGUGUCGGCCAACACAGACACGGAGAAAAUCUUCUCCAUCUGCACCAUGCUCAUUGGUGCGCUGAUGCACGCGGUGGUGUUUGGGAACGUGACGGCCAUCAUCCAGCGCAUGUACGCCCGCCGCUUUCUGUACCACAGCCGCACCCGCGACCUGCGCGACUACAUCCGCAUCCAUCGCAUCCCCAAGCCCCUCAAGCAGCGCAUGCUCGAGUACUUCCAGGCCACCUGGGCUGUGAACAACGGCAUCGACACCACCGAGCUGCUGCAGAGCCUGCCGGAUGAGCUGCGCGCAGACAUCGCCAUGCACCUGCACAAGGAGGUCCUGCAGCUGCCACUGUUUGAGGCUGCUAGCCGCGGCUGCCUUCGCGCACUGUCCCUGGCCCUGCGGCCUGCCUUCUGCACGCCUGGCGAGUACCUCAUCCACCAAGGCGACGCUCUCCAGGCCCUUUACUUUGUCUGCUCUGGCUCCAUGGAGGUGCUCAAAGGUGGCACUGUGCUCGCCAUCCUAGGGAAGGGUGACCUGAUUGGCUGUGAGUUGCCCCGGCGAGAGCAGGUGGUAAAGGCCAAUGCCGAUGUGAAGGGGCUGACAUAUUGUGUCCUGCAGUGUCUGCAGCUUGCGGGGCUGCAUGAGAGCCUUGCCUUGUACCCUGAGUUUGCCCCUCGCUUCAGCCGCGGUCUCCGAGGGGAGCUCAGCUACAACCUGGGUGCUGGGGGAGGCACUGCAGAGGUGGACACCAGCUCCCUGAGUGGUGACAAUACCCUCAUGUCCACACUGGAGGAGAAGGAGACAGAUGGGGAGCAGGGCCCCACCACCUCCCCAGCCCCAGCUGAUGAGCCCUCUAGCCCCCUGCUGUCUCCAGGCUGCACCUCCUCAUCCUCAGCUGCCAAGCUGCUAUCCCCACGCCGAACUGCACCCCGGUCACGUUUAGGUGGCAGAGGGCGGCCGGGCAGGGCUGGGGCUUCAAAGGCUGAGGCUGGCUCCUCUGCUCCCCCACGGACACUAGAGGGGCUGCGGCUGCCCCCCAUGCCAUGGAAUGUACCCCCGGAUCUGAGCCCAAGGGUAGUAGAUGGCAUUGAGGAUGGCUGUGGCUCGGAUCAGCCCAAGUUCUCUUUCCGCGUGGGGCAGUCUGGCCCGGAAUGUAGCAGCAGUCCCUCCCCUGGACCAGCCCCAGCUGAUAACCCCAUCCUACUACCCACAGAGAGUGGCCUGCUCACUGUCCCUCUUGGGCCUGGCGAGGCAAGGAAUACAGACACACUGGACAAGCUGCGGCAGGCGGUGGUGGAACUGUCUGAGCAGGUGCUGCAGAUGAGGGAGGGACUGCAAUCACUUCGCCAGGCUGUACAGCUGGUCCUCACGCCUCCCAGGGAGGGCCUGUGUCCUCAGGCGCCGGGAGAGGGGCCUUGCCCAGCCAGUGCCUCUGGGCUCCUGCAGCCUCUGUGUGUGGACACAGGAGCAUCCUCCUACUGUCUGCAGCCCCCAGCUGGCUCUGUCUUGAGUGGGACUUGGCCCCACCCUCGUCCAGAGCCCCCUCCCCUCAUGGCACCCUGGCCCUGGGGCCCCCCAGCAUCUCAGAGCUCCCCCUGGCCUCAAGCCACAGCUUUCUGGACCUCCACUUCAGACUCAGAGCCCCCUGGUUCAGGAGAACUCUGCUCUGAGCCCAGCACCCCUGCCUCACCUCCUCCUUCUGAGGAAGGGGCUAGGACUGGGCCCCCAGAGCCUGUGAGCCAGGCUGAGGCUACCAGCACUGGAGAGCCCCCACCAGGGUCAGGAGGUCUGGCCUUGCCCUGGGACCCCCAUAGCCUAGAGAUGGUGCUUAUUGGCUGCCAUGGCUCUGGCACAGUCCAGUGGACCCAAGAAGAAGGCACAGGGGUCUGACUGCCGGCUCCAGGACUCAAGUGUUGCCAGACAUGCUGCCAUCUGCUGUUUUGCCCAACCUCAGGGUGGAGGAAGAGUGGUACCACCCCCCAGGACUCCGUGCUGCCCGCUGGCUCAGGGCAAGGAGCCUGAGAGUGAAGGAGGGCCUGGCCCCUGACCCUCAGCAAGGGUGGACUAGAGCCUCAGGUGCAGGCCCUACUCCCAGGGCCCUGACCUCCUGGUCUCUCUCUGCAGGCUUGGGGGCACAGGCCUGAGGACAAGGAGGGGUUCUGCCAUCCCCUGCAUGUGCCCCUGCCUCCACCUAUCCCCACAUUUUUUAUGUUAAAAAUAAUAAUAAAAGAAACUACUUUGGAACAUG